CCCUAAUUUUUAACACCUCCCGAAAAAAAGCAUUUCUUCCCCCAAUUCGAUCUCGCGAGCCUGCAACUCCGUCAUCGAUCCCUAAAUAAACAAUCCCCCCCCCUCCCUCUCUCUCUUUCUCUCUCUCUCUCUAGAGCUCGCUCUCGCUUCGGCCCGUCGUCGUCCUCGUCGUCGUCUUCUCCAAUCGCCUCCUCCUCCUCCUCCUCCUCCUCCGCUCCACGCCGAAGGAGAGAAAGAGAGAGAGAGAGGGAGAAAGGGAGAGAGCGGGAAGCGCGAGAGCUGUCGCGCCCAUCCCGGCCGCUCGUUUCCGCGGAAGAUCUGGCGCUCGGCCCGAUCCUCGCGUAUCGAGCUCUCGCGAUUCGGGAGCCGGCUCUUCUCCCGAGCUCUCGGAGCUGAAUCUGCACCUUGCUCCCGUCGAUCUCCGUCUCCCUCCCUCCCUCCCUUCCCGCGCGAGGAUUCGCGCCGCUUCGAUUGGCGCUGGGGUUUUUUGGAUGAGAGAUUGUUGAGGGGCCGGAGAGACGAGACGAGAGACGAUGAGCAUGGAGAUCGCCGUAGGCGAGGUGGCGUCCCUGGAGACCGACCUGCUGCAGCUCAAUGAGGUGUCCCCGCUGGCUCUGAAAUCGAACUCCGAUUUCGUCGAGAAGAUCUUCCACCAGUGGCUCUCGCUUCCCGACAGCAACCGGCUGGUGACAUCAUUGAUAAAUGAUGCAAAGGCAGGCGCUCCUCUGAAUGCUCCUGGGAGCUCUUCAAGCGCCAGUGCUGCUUCAGGAAAUUCAUUACCUUCCAUGUUUCCUGCUGGAAAUGCCCCUCCACUUUCCCCUAGGAGUACAUCUGGUUCCCCUCGUGUAAUGAAACAGAGAGUUGGCCCUUCUAAUUUGGGUUCUCCUUUGAAAAUUGUUAGCGAGCCAGUUAAAGAAUUAAUACCACAGUUUUACUUUCAAAAUGGCCGACCGCCUCCGAAAGAACUGAAAGAACAAUGCAUAUUGAGAAUCAAUCAAUUUUUUUAUGCUCACUCUGAUGGUUUGCAGAUAAAUGACUUCAAAUUAGUUACGAGGGAAAUUUGCAAGUUGCCAUCAUUCUUCUCAACGUGUCUUUUCAGAAGGAUUGACGUUAAUGGCACUGGCUUUAUUACAAGGGAUGCAUUUGCUGAUUACUGGAUAAAUGGGAACAUGUUGACACUGGAUGUAGCAACUCAAAUCUAUAAGAUUUUGAAGCAACCAAAUCUCAAGUAUCUCACUCAGGAUGACUUCAAACCUGUGCUUCGAGAGCUUUUGGCUACUCACCCCGGACUGGAGUUUUUGCAGAGCACACCUGAGUUUCAGGAAAGAUAUGCUGAAACAGUGAUAUACAGAAUAUUUUACUACAUAAAUAGAUCUGGAAAUGGCAACCUGACUCUCAGGGAGUUGAAACGUGGGAACUUGAUUGAUGCAAUGUUACAUGCAGAUGAAGAAGAAGAUAUAAAUAAAGUCUUGAGGUAUUUCUCUUAUGAACAUUUUUACGUCAUAUACUGCAAGUUCUGGGAACUGGAUACAGAUCAUGAUUUCUUGAUAGACAAGGAGAACCUUAUCCGAUAUGGCAAUCAUGCACUUACCUACCGAAUUGUAGAUAGAAUAUUUUCUCAGGUCCCGAAAAAGUUCACCAGCAAAGUUGAAGGGAAGAUGGGUUAUGAAGAUUUCGUUUACUUCAUACUGGCUGAGGAGGAUAAAUCUUCCGAGCCUAGUCUUGAAUACUGGUUUAAAUGCAUAGAUUUGGAUGGAAAUGGAAUUUUGACCCGAAAUGAAUUGCAAUAUUUCUAUGAGGAGCAAUUGCAUCGUAUGGAGUGCAUGGCUCAAGAGCCUGUGCUCUUUGAGGAUAUUUUGUGUCAGAUAAUUGACAUGAUUGGGCCAGAGAAUGAAAGUUAUAUCACAUUGAAUGAUCUGAAAGGCUGCAAACUUUCGGGAAGUGUUUUCAAUAUUCUUUUCAACCUCAAUAAAUUUAUGGCUUUUGAGACCCGUGAUCCAUUUCUCAUUCGUCAGGAAAGGGAGAAUCCAACCUUGACAGAGUGGGAUCGCUUCGCCCAUAGGGAAUAUAUUAGGCUUUCAAUGGAAGAAGAUGUUGAAGAUGCCUCUAAUGGAAGUGCAGAAGUAUGGGAUGAGUCCCUUGAGGCUCCAUUCUAAGAGUGAUCGGGUUUUAAGAAAGAGAAAAAAAUCAUCAUCGAGAACAGGCAAAGGAGCAAGAGAGCCAACCUGGAAUGAAUUACCCAAUGGAUUGUCAGCCACCUAUAAACUUGUCGAGUGGAGGAACUUCCACAGAUGGUCAAGUUGGCCUGCCACAGGGCAGAGGCUUCUCUAGGAAAUUGGACAUGGACUGAUAUUUGGACUUUCGGCGAUAAUACCAAGUACCAAAUUUAACAUUUCUGUGGAGGAAAUCUCGGCCUAAACUACACUCAAUUGAAGUCCAACUCGAAGCAUUGACGCCAUUGGUGAUCUUCUUGCCAGUUUCUGAGAUAUUUGUUUCUCUAGCAUAAGUGGUUGGUGCUUCUCUUAAUAACUUACGUUUUGAACAUCAGUUUGGUGGUUCUUCUAGUACUCGAAACUGGUACAAUCAUUUGGCAAGGUUGGGGAGGUAGGCAAAUUCUUUCCGUUUUCAUUCCAUUUUCGUUGGUAGUUUGUUCGAAUAAUGGUUAUUUAUGAAUGGGUUUUGGUUAGUUUAUUAGAAAGCAAUCACCAUAAAGCCAUAUAGCGAUACUAGAUAAAUGUUUUGACUGCUGACUUUAUGAUCUGAAGGCAUAUGUUCUCUUCUUUC